UUAGAAGUUUGUGAAGUUUGUGUUCGGCGACCUGACUCGAGCUGUGCAGGAUGAGCAUCAGGUGUGUGUGUCCGUGAGCUGCAGGAGUGAUGGCCGGCAGGGUCAGCUUCGGCUCUGAUCUGCACACCGAUGUGGAGAGUCCGACUGAUGAAGAUGGGGUUCACGACUCGUUCUGUCAGCUGAUCGAGGAACAGUGUUACGGUCGUCAUGAUGAUGGGAUGGAGAUGACCCCGCUUGACCCUGACCUGGAGGAUGAGAGCAGAGAUGAUGUGGUGUAUCUGGACGGUCCGGCUCGUCAUUGGUCAGAGAGUCUCAGUGAUGCGCCGCAGCACUUCCCUCACUCCGCACGGCCCAGCAUACGAGGGUACGGCGUGGAGACAGACGGAGCUGGCUUCCAGGAGGAAGAGAAUAAGAGAGAGCGUUUGGUGAAUAAUCUGCAGAAUCUGUCUGUGAAUGAUCGAGUGCGGAUGCUGAGAGCCAUGCCACUGAGUCUGGCAGAGAAGAAAGAGCUCCGGAUGUUGGUUCUGAAUAAGGGCGAGCACUCUCUGUCUGAGAAUCAGAUUCCCUGCUGCAGUCAGCUCAAAUACUACAUCAUCACACACCCCAACAACACCAGCAGUAGGAGCUCAUAUGGGCUCAAGGUGCUCACUGGAGCUGGUUAUUUCUCCGACUCAGUGCUGUAUUACGGUUAUUACAGUAAUCAGACUCUGCAGUCGGGCCGCCGCUGUUCUCAGAGCAGUAACGGGACGUCCUGCGACGCCGCUUUCUCCUAUAACAUGCCUCUGGUUUACUUCUUCACCAUCGGUGCUGCGUUCUUCAUCUUCAUGCUCCUCGACACUUUCUUCGGAGAGUUUCUGUGGAGGUUGUUUUCUCAGAAAGCUCUGAAAAGGAAGAGGAAGCCUGUGUUCGACAUCGCCAGGAACGUGCUGGAGCUCAUCUAUGGACAGACUCUGGCCUGGUUGGGUGUGCUGUUUUCUCCUCUCCUGCCGGUGGUGCAGAUCAUUAAACUGCUGUUUCUCUUCUACAUGAAGAAGGUGAGUCUGAUGAUGAACUGUCAGGUGUCGGGGAAGCCCUGGAGGGCGUCUCAGAUGACCACCAUCUUCAUCACACUGCUCUGCUUCCCUUCAUUCCUGGGGGCUGCAGUGUGUGUCACCUACACCAUGUGGACUAUGAAGCCAUCAGCAGGCUGUGGGCCGUUUCGGGGUCUGAAGACGAUGUUCCAGGCUGGUAAGCUGUGGGUUCGGGAUCUGGCGCUGGCGAACCCCAGUCUGUGGUGGCUGGAGUCUGCACACACGUAUCUGGUGGAGAACCCGCUCUUCCUGUUCCUGUCCGCCGCUGUCUUCCUGAUCGUGAUCUACUUCCACAGUCAAGUGCUGGACGGCCAGAGGAAGAUCAUUGAACUCCUUCAGGAGCAGAUUGAGAACGAGGGCGAGGAUAAGAAGUUUCUAAUCAUGAGACUGCAGGAUAUACAUGAGCGCAGACGAGUCCGUUCACCACGCAGAGGACAACGAGACAACGAGGGCUCCAGUUUUUCCUGAUGAUCUUCACUGAUGUAUGCAGACGAUCUUCAUGAUGAUGAUGAUGAUGAUGAUGAUGAUGAUGAAGAGCACACAGGAUUAGGUUGGGGACGCUGGUUUGUUGUGUUUUCUAUAUUGGGACACUUUUAAAUUCGACUGUGAAAUGUGGAAAUAUUAAAUAUUCACUGUUUACUUCAAUUCUGACGCCAGAAACUGGAUCUUGUGUUUCACACACUGUGAUUGUUGUUAUUAUUAUUAUUAUGAAUAGAGAUUUCAGAACAACAUUUUUUAAUAAACAUGAUAUUUUUAUUAAA